UCUGAUGUUAGGCUUUAAUAUCUGUGAGACUAAUUAACCCAAAACCCUGGUCUUUUGGGUCUGAUGGGUCGGCCCACUUUCUCCUCGGACGAUAUUGUAAUAAAGUCUCCAAAUGAUAAGAAACUGUACAGAUUAAUCAAGCUUGAGAACGGCCUCACUGCAUUGCUCAUUCAUGACCCCGAGGUAUAAGUGGGUAUAAGAGUCUUCGUAUUAGUUUGUCCCAUCAUUGAGAGGUUCCAGGAUGACAACUCAAUAGGCAGAACUUGAUUAGAUUAUCAACUCAACUUGGCUACAUGCAUUGAUUAAAUUGGAUAUAUAAUGAUGCAUGUUUGAUCCUCUUCGCGGGCAGCAGCAGCAAUGUGCGUUGGAAUAGGCAGCUUUUCUGACCCUAUGGAAUCACAGGGGCUUGCAAACUUUCUUGGUUUGUGGCACACAUGCGCAUACCGUUCUUUAUAGGACGAAGGAGCAGCUGGGAUAUGUUCAGUGUGACUGGAAGGAGAUAUUCGGUGUUUUUGGCUUUUAUUUCAUUGUUCAGUCGUCGGAGUACAACCCAGUGUACUUGCAGCGGAGAGUUGACAACUUUAUGAAUGGUCUGGAAGACAUAUUGCAAGGACUGGAUGUUGAUUCCUUUGAGAAUUACAGAGGUUGGCUAAUGGCAAAGCUUUUGGCGAAAAAUUCAUCCUUCAUAAAUGAAACCAAUAGAUUGGAAUCAGAUUAUCCAUGUAAAAGGUAUACAUUUAACUAUGCAAAGAGGGUGGCAGAAGAGCUUAGCAGUCUACAGAAGGAGGAUGAUGUCAACUUUUACAAGUCGUACUUGCAACAAUCAUCUCCCAAGCGUUGGAGACUUGCCAUUCGUGUUUGGGGUUGCAACACUGACUUGGAAGAAGCUGCAGAAUCGCGACCGGAGUCUGUGCAGGUCAUUGAAGACCUUGAAGCCUUUAAGAUGUCGUCUGAGUUCUAUCCUAACGGUUGUUGAAAAGCUGUGGAUUGUUACGGAGUAUUUAAUAGAAACCGAACCAUUAAUAGAAACAAUGAAGGCCCAAGUUCAAAUUUUUCAGUUCUUUAAAAAGAGAACACAAAGCACAAAGAAUCCCUCAGCUAACUCAAGUUGAUCCAACUCAACCAGGACAUAUUAGCUGGCUAGCCACCUUCUUCCACAGCACAUUGAGCGCCUUCACCGUCCUACAAUAAGGGAGUUGGACAAGCCAUUUUCUGAUGUCUUUUCUGAUUCGUUUCCUCUUAUAUUUACUCCAGCCGAAUUCCUUACUGGAAAAGAUGCUGGCCUUGUUGGUAAGCUUUCAUUUGUCAGCAUAGAUAUAGCAUCUGACAUGGUUUGCCGAAGUUCUGCAUCUUCUUCGACGCAUAGCAGACCAACAUGGAUGCAUCUUAAAAAUUGAUUUUCAACACACGAAUCACUUAGAGUUGCGUCCAUCAAUUCUAGUCCUGCAUCUUCUUGCAAUAACUCCCAUGCCUGAAACAAGAUUGUAUCAUUAGGAUACAUAAUUUAUUUACAUUCACAUGAAAAAUAAAAAAACAAAAAUCAAUACAAGUAUAACUGAGAGAAUUGCAUGACAUA